ACAAAGGGUGAGAGAGGGGCGUGGGGAGGCUGGAGAGCAUCGCUGCCCCACCUGGCCCGGCGAUGCCCGCUCCGCAGCCUGCUGGACAGUGGGAUCUAGGAGCACGCUAAACUUGGAGCUCGGGAUAUUUCCAGGCCACCCAAAUUGCCGUCCUACUCCAGCGAGGCAGAGAGAGGAGCGGCGUGCGCGCGCGAGCUGAGUGAGUGCUUACGUCGCAGCGAGAUCUGUGCUGGGAUAAUUAGAGAGGAGUUGGGCUGAGCGAGUCCUCUUUUAGCAGCAGCAGCCGGAGCCGCCGCAGCAGCCCAGAGGGGCGCGCCGGACUCGGACCGCUCGGGAGAGCCCCCAGGAGAGCCCCGCGCCGCGCAGCAGCCGCCCCGCUGCGCCCACCACCCCGGCUGCUCGGAGGGCGCACAAAGGCGGUGGCCGCCCGAGUGGCCUUCUCCAUCCAGGCGUUCGGGUCCCGCUCCCCACCUUCUCUCCCGAAGGCAGAAAUGGCAGGGCCAGGCGAGGACCUGGGACAGCGGCGGCUCUAGCCCUGCGAUCCCCACCCCUCCUGCUGGGAGAGGCGGCUGGCUGCCCGCGGAGGAUGUGGCCGCGGCUGCUCCCGAGCGCAUCUUCUGCCCGGGCCCCCGCCCCUGCCCCUCUUCUCUGCUCCUUCCAUCCCGCCCAGAGGAGUUGAUGCCGCUGUCGCCGCCGCCGCCGCUGCUGAAGCCGCGGCUGAUGGAUGCCUGGGAGUGUCGCAUUGCUUAGCGACCCCGCCUCCGGGUUUGCUGAUGAUCUCUCUCCGCCCUGGAGCUCAGCGCUGAAGAGCUACCUUAUUAUUAAUCACAAUUUCCAUCGCCACUCCUGGCAGGCGUAUCCUUCAGUAGGGACCGCAGGAACAUUCACAGUGAAGGGCUGAUAUGUGCGUGGGGGUUGUUUUUGUUACAUCUUGGAAGAGAAGAGAAGAGGAAAGUACCAAGAUCGGAACCACCCGUGCCAGGUGGGAUUAGGGGUGAUUUGUUAGGAGGGAGAAAGGACAAGGAGUGCGGAUCCCUUCAGGGGUUCCCAUCUCUUUAAAGGAAAGGGAGGAGGAAGCCAAAGUGGCUGUUGUAUUUUAGGGGGCGGGAGAAGUUUACAUCCCCCCUCCCGGUAAAGCUGGGGGAAAGCAGGAGCAACAGGGCACUUGAUUGGACACCAAGACUAUUAAUUUCCUGUAGGGGAGAGGAAGCAGACAGCAGGAGGUCUGGGGGCUGGAGUGUGUGGUGGUAAAGGCCAAAUUUGCUUUGGGACAGUCAGCUAGGGCUUCUGAGUGAAGGCUCUGGAACAGGCAGAACAAUGACUCAUUUGCAAGCUGGACUCUCCCCUGAGACCCUGGAGAAAGCUCGCCUGGAGCUCAAUGAAAACCCAGACACGCUGCACCAGGACAUCCAGGAGGUGAGGGAUAUGGUCAUCACCAGGCCGGACAUUGGCUUUCUGCGCACGGAUGAUGCUUUCAUCUUACGCUUCUUGCGGGCUAGGAAGUUUCAUCACUUUGAGGCCUUCCGCCUCCUGGCGCAGUACUUUGAGUACCGGCAGCAGAACCUGGACAUGUUCAAAAGCUUCAAGGCCACCGAUCCCGGGAUCAAGCAGGCACUGAAGGAUGGCUUCCCGGGGGGCCUGGCCAAUCUGGACCACUAUGGCAGGAAGAUUCUAGUCCUUUUUGCUGCCAAUUGGGAUCAGAGCAGGUACACACUGGUGGAUAUAUUGCGUGCCAUCUUACUUUCUUUAGAAGCCAUGAUUGAAGAUCCUGAGCUUCAAGUGAAUGGGUUUGUUUUGAUCAUAGACUGGAGUAACUUCACUUUCAAGCAAGCCUCUAAACUCACACCAAGUAUGCUGCGAUUAGCUAUUGAAGGCCUACAGGAUAGUUUCCCAGCGCGAUUUGGAGGAAUUCAUUUUGUCAAUCAACCAUGGUAUAUCCAUGCCCUGUACACCGUGAUCCGGCCUUUCCUGAAGGAGAAAACUCGAAAAAGGAUAUUUUUGCAUGGUAACAACCUGAACAGUCUACACCAACUAAUUCAUCCUGAGAUCCUGCCCUCCGAGUUUGGAGGAAUGCUGCCUCCUUAUGACAUGGGGACAUGGGCAAGAACGCUGCUAGACCAUGAGUAUGACGAUGACAGUGAAUACAAUGUAGACUCCUACAGCAUGCCUGUGAAGGAAGUAGACAAGGAACUCUCCCCCAAGUCCAUGAAGAGAUCCCAGUCAGUAGUGGAUCCUACAGUACUAAAACGCAUGGAUAAAAAUGAGGAAGAAAACAUGCAACCUUUGCUUUCUCUGGACUAAUAACUUCUCUACAUCUCCUUCACGGAUUAGAAAUUGAAAGUGUUGGUUUUCAGCAACAGGGACAGCACUGUGGAGGAAUUACCAGCUGGAAACUGACUUAUUCAUGUUAAUGUAGCAUAAUAUAUAAUAAGGCAUCAGGCUUUCCUUGGCCUGAACCAUGGGGGCCCUGAGCUGGAUUUUUAAAAUGUCAAUAAUUUAUUCUGUAAGUGCCAAGUUCUUUGUAAAUAUAAUGUAAUCUUCAUGUCAAGUUUGUAAAUUUCGGUAGUAACUCAAUUUGGAAAAAGGUUGGCUCAAAACUCCAUGCCAGUGAUAUGAACUAUAACAAAAAGCAGAAAAGACACAAUCAAAGCGAAUUAAAUGUAGCCCUCUUUCCUAUGAAGCCAUAUUUCAGCUAUCAUAGUGAUUGUUGCAUUGUUUUUUUCUGAAACUCUGUCAGUAUUCAAACAUACUUUUAAUGGGCGCACACAACUAAAUGAUUCUAGGAAAUUUCAUGAUUAAUGUAUUUCCUGUCUAGUGAUUUUCAUUUCAGAGAAAUGUGUCUUAGUAACUAUCAUUGCACUUGCAUUUUGGAGGCAAGGAAUGGCAGAUGAGCUGGUAAACUGAACACUUGAACUCUUCUAUGUUGUUUAAUUCCUGGAAUCUUGUGAAAAGAUGUGUUUCCUCAGUUAAGACAUAGAAUUGUAAGAGAGUGGAUUCUUUUUAAAUUGCUGUCUUCACAAUGUGCCCUCUAUUCAAGACCCCAUUAUAUUUCUUUCUAAUGUACUCUAAGUACAUUUCUUCCCCCAAAACUCUUUGACCAAGAGAAUGAGAACUUAUAUGUGAAUAGUGUUUUGACAGCUAAUUUUGAACAUAAAAUUUUCUGCUUACAGGUAAGGGGUUAAUUUCUAAUUGUUGUGCACUGGUUAAAACAUAUAUAUAUUCACUCAUAUAUAUUUUUACUGAGCUCUAAUAAAUCCUUGAUGUAACAGGAUUAUAAAAUAAAUCAUAGA